UGGGAGUCAAGUUUCCGUACUCAACAUCUCCCAAGAGCCAGAAGGCCCAAUGCUCAGCGGUGGUGAUGAGGAUGCAGAGGAUGCAGCAGAGUCUCAGGAGGCUGCUCUAGAGCCUGCAGAACCCAGGACCUCACAGCAGACUGCCACCUUGCCCAGGAGAUACCUGCUGCGGGAGCGACAAGGGAACCCGGAGCCUGCCUCCCGGCUACAGGAGACCCCAGAUCCCUGGCAGAGCCUGGACCCUUUUGACUCCUUGGACUCUAAGGUCUUCCAGAAAGGUAAGCCCUUUUCUGUGCCGCCUGGUAUGGAGGAGCCUCCAGGACAUAAGCGCAAGAGGAAAGGUGCCACCAAGCUGCAGGACUUCCACCAGUGGUACCUGGCUGCCUAUGCUGACCAUGCUGACAGCAGGAGGCCUCGGCGAAAGGGCCCAACCUUUGCAGACAUGGAAGUGCUGUACUGGAAACACGUAAGAGACCAGCUAGAGAGCCUUCAGAAGCUGCAGAGGCAGAAGAUGACCGAGAGAUGGCUGCCUGGGGCCAAGGAGGAUAUGUGGCCUGUAGAGGAGGAACGCUUGGAAGAUUCCGUAGAAGACCUUGGGGAAGCGGAUGACUUUCUAGAGCCUGAGGAAUAUGCAGAGCGGGAGGAGGUGAUGCCUGGGGAAGCUGCUGACCUAGAUGCAGAGGCUAUGCCAGAGUCCCUGAGAUAUGAAGAGCUGGUCCGAAGAAAUGUGGAACUCUUCAUCGCCACCUCCCAGAAGUUUGUCCAGGAGACAGAGCUUAGCCAGCGCAUCAGGGACUGGGAAGAUACUAUCCAGCCCCUGCUCCAGGAGCAGGAGCAGCACGUGCCCUUUGAUAUCCACACCUAUGGGGACCAGUUGGUUUCACGGUUCCCCCAGCUCAAUGAGUGGUGUCCCUUUGCAGAGCUUGUAGCCGGGCAGCCUGCUUUUGAGGUUUGCCGCUCCAUGCUGGCCUCCUUACAACUGGCUAAUGACUAUACGGUGGAGAUCACCCAGCAGCCAGGACUGGAGGCAGCUGUGGAUACCAUGUCUCUGAGACUGCUCACACACCAGCGAGCCCAUACACGCUUCCAGACCUAUGCUGCCCCCUCCAUGGUCCAGCCUUGAGUGAAGAGCACUGAGGCGCAGGGGUGGAAGGACCUAGGUAGGAUGUUCAGGGCAGGAUGCUUUGGAAGGCAGCUAUGUGCCGACGUACACUGUCUACAAUCUGCUCUGCUGACCGGCUUCGACCAUAGUAGUCCGUGAAAAGACCGUCUGGGUUGAGCAAGUAGAUA